AUGGAUUUCAUUGCCCAUCGCGUUGAUUGUGUCCUCGAGGCCACGGGCAUGGAUGCCGUGGACGCUCUGCGCACCUUUUAUGUCUUGGCUGCUGCCACGACGCUCUCCGUCAGCAUCCCGGGCUCCCUGCGCUCCCGCUUCCUCGUGUAUGGUCCGCGUGCGACCUCGACCGGCUUCGGUUCCCCCUCCCAGCCUUCUGUGACGUCGGGUCUUCUCGACUACCUCGCAACAUGGCGCGUGCCACACAGCUACUUCGCCCAGUUUUACAUCGCGUCGGUUCUGUCGUCGGCAUUCUGGGCGUUGCAGCUGUUCUCCCGUGGUUCUGUGUUCCAAGCAAUCGCAUCGCGACUCAGCCUUGAGCAUCAGCAGCAGUCGAUGUCUCUAAACCAGACGUUGGUCUGUUGGAUAUUGCUGGCAAUGCAGGGCGCGAGGAGGCUAUGGGAGUCGUUGACAUUCUCGAAACCCUCGUCGUCUCAAAUGUGGUUUGUCCAUUGGUUGCUGGGCAUCGGGUUUUACCUAGCCACAGGGGUUGCGAUCUGGAUCGAAGGGUCAGGGACCUUGUUGACGGAGGAUCUCACCCUGGAACACGUACAAAUGACCAACGCCCCAAAGCUGCGCACCUUUCUCUGUGUCCCGCUCUUCCUGAUCGCGUCUGGUCUGCAGCAUGACUGCCAUCACUAUCUCUUUUCGCUGAAGAAAUACACCGUCCCAGACCAUCCCAUGUUUCGCGGAGUCGUGUGCCCUCACUACGGAGCUGAAUGCGUCAUCUACCUUUCUCUGGCGCUGGUAGCCGCACCGCCGGGCCAAAUCGUCAACAAGACGCUUCUAGCGUGUUUCGUCUUCGUGGCGGUCAAUCUCGGCCUGACGGCUCGAACCACCCGGCAGUGGUAUACAGAAAAGUUCGGCAAAGAUGCGGUGCAGGGAUGGUGGCUGAUGAUUCCCGGGAUCUACUAA